AUCGGCGCGGGUCUGGUCGUCGAGUACCAGCGCCAGCUCUACGAGUACUGGGGCCCCGACGACGGCGACGACGACGAGGAGGUCGUCUACGAGGAGGUGAGCGAGGGCGAGGAGGACGAGGAGGAGGAGCUCAUCGUCGUCGACGAGCGCGACGAGAUCGUCGGUCUGGGGCGGGCGAACGGGAGUUUGCGGCGCAUCUCGCCGCCGCUCGCGCUGCCCGUGGACCACUACGCCGGGUCGUCGGGUUUGGACGCGCGGGGCGUCGCCGCCGCGGAGGAGCGCUACGGCCGCAACGUCGUCGAGGUCAAGGUGCCGUCGUUCCUCGCGCUCUACAAGGAGCAGCUGCUGUCGCCCAUCGCCAUGUUCCAGGUCUUCACGUCGCUGCUCUGGCUCCUCGACGCGUACUGGCAGUACGUGGGCUUCACGCUCUUCUCCAUCACGUUCAUGGAGGCGGGCACGGUCAUGCAGCGCAUGAAGACGUUGAAGUCGCUGUCGGGCAUGUCGGCCAAGGCCGCGCCCGUGCUCUGCUGGCGGUCGAAGACCUGGGUCGAGGUCGGCUCCGACGACCUCCUGCCCGGCGACUUGAUCUCCGCCAUCAAGAAAAGGCUCGCGCGCAUGGUCCACGUCGUGCCCUGCGACUGCGUUUUGGUCCGCGGGUCCGCGGUCACGAACGAGGCGACGCUCACGGGCGAGUCGACGCCCCAGAUGAAGGACGCGGUCGUGCCCGACGGCUCGGACCGGUGCCUCGACAUGAACGGCGCGGACCGCGUGUCCGUCCUGUUCUCGGGCACGGAGCUCGUCAACGCGACGGCCGGCGCCGCGCCCAAGGACGCGCCGAACCCGCCGGACGGCGGCGCCGUCGCGUUCGUGCUGCGCACGGGCUUCGCGUCGGCCCAGGGCGAGCUCAUGCAGAUGAUCGAGUUCUCCCAGCAGAACGUGUCCUCGGACACGCGGGAGACGCUCAUGGCGCUCGGCGUCCUCCUAAUCUUCGCGAUCGCGUCCGCGGCGUACGUCUUCAAGCGGGGGCUGGAGAAGGGCGACCGGACGACGCACGAGCUGCUGCUGCGCUGCGUCAUCAUCGUGACGUCCGUCGUGCCGCGCCAGCUGCCCAUGCAGAUGGCGCUCGCCGUGAACACGGCGCUGAUGGCUUUGAUGAAGGCGGGCGUCAUGGCCAUCGAGCCGUACCGCGUGCCCUUCGCGGGCCGCGUCAAGUACUGCCUCUUCGACAAGACGGGCACGCUGACGACGGACCGCCUCGUGCCCAUGGGCGUCGUCUGCCUCGACGCCGGCGGAAGCGACGCGGCGCCGCGGUCGCCGGAGCCGCUGCGGGCGAGUACGAACGCGGCCGCGGCCGUCCUCGCCGCGUGCCACUCCCUCGUCGCCGCCGAGGACGGCGCCAAGGGCACGAAGGCGAAGCUCGUCGGCGACCCCAUCGAGCUCACGGCGCUCCAGGCGCUGGGCUGGACCUACGACGCGCGGUCCGGCCGGCUCCCCGAGGGCGCGCCGCCGCGCAAGGUCACGAUCCGGAGCCGCUUCCACUUCUCGUCCGCGCUCCAGCGCAUGUCCGUCGUCGCCGACGUCGCCGACGACAACGGCGCCGUGACGACGUCGACGCUGGUCAAGGGCUCGCCCGAGGCCGUCGCCGCGCUGCUCGCCCCCGGCGCCAAGCCCGCCUGGUUCGACGCGACCUACGCGUCCCUCGCGGAGCAGGGCAUGCGCGUGCUCGCGCUCGCGUCGCGCCCGCUCCGCGCGGACGAGCGCCACGGCGACAUGUCGCGCGCGGAGCUCGAGCGCGACCUGGACUUCGCGGGCUUCGUCGCCUUCGAGUGCAAGACGCGCGCGGACUCGCGGGUCGUCAUCGAGGCGCUGACGUCGUCCGCGCACGCGGUCGCCAUGGUCACGGGCGACGCGCCCCUGACGGCGCUGCACGUCGCGCGCGAGACGACCAUCGCCGCCGCCGGCGACGAGGCGCUGCUCCUGACGCCGGACGACGCGGCGCUUUCCGGCGCGUCCUGGGUGUCGCCGCACGCGCCGCCGCGGCGGUCGCCGGAGCCCUUCGACCCGGCGGGCUCCCAACCGGCGGGGACGACGCUCGUCGUCACGGAGGCGGCCGUCGAGGCGUCGGCGUUGAAGCGCGGCGCCGCCGCCGCCGCCGCCGUCGGCGACGGCUUAGAGGAGGCCGACGCGCUCGCGGCCAAGGCCGCCGCGCGCGACGCCGCGGAGGCCGAGGUCUGGACGGCCGUCUCGCUGAGCGCGGUCGUCUUCUCGCGCAUGAGCCCCCAGGGCAAGGCGCGGAUCUGCCGGUCCCUCCAGAAGCACCACGACGGGCCCUGCGUGCUCAUGUGCGGCGACGGCGGCAACGACGUCGGCGCGCUCAAGCAGGCGGACGUCGGCCUCGCGCUGCUCGCGGGCUACGGCGACGCGAACACGACGGGCGAGGGCGGCUACGCGGCCGCGGGCGAGAAGCUCGCCAAGGCCGGCGGCUCGGCGUCGGCGGAGUCCAUCCUCAACGCCCAGGCCGAGGCGCUCCAGGACGCGCGGCAGAAUUCCGGGAAGGUGCCCAUGAUCCGGCCGGGCGACGCGUCCGUCGCCGCGCCGUUCACUAGCCGCGCGCCGUCGAUCCGCGCGGUCGUCGACCUCAUCCGCCAGGGCCGCUGCACGCUGCUCUCGAGCCUCCAGCAGCAGCAGAUCAUGGUCCUCGAGUCCGUCAUCUCGGCCUACACGCUGGCCGCGCUGUCGCUGGAGGGCGCGCGGUCGUCGGAGCGGCAGAUGAUGGCGAGCGGCUGGCUCCUGGUGGUGGCGUCGCUCGCCUUCUCCUACACGUCGCCGAUCCAGGAGAUGGCGCCCCAGCGGCCGCUGGGCAGCCUCUUCCACCCGUCCAUCGUCGUCUCCGUCGCGGGCCAGGGCCUCAUCCACGUGCUCUGCAUGCGCAUGGCCGUCAAGCUCUCGACGGAGCGCAUGGGCGACGCGGCCCUGAAGGCCGUCGACGACCUGACGGCCUGGUUCACGUCCAUGUGGUCGACGCCGUUCCUGCCGAACCUACUGAACACGGCCGUGUUUUUAGUCGAGACGUCGCAGAUGGUCGCGGUGCUCCUGGUGAACUACAAGGGCCGGCCCUGGAUGAAGGGGCUCCUGGAGAACCACGCGCUGUUCCUGUCCCUGUUCCUGAGCGUCGCGGGCGUCGUCGUCUGCGCGUGGAACGUCUUCCCCUACGGCAACUCGCUCAUCCAUCUGGCGCCGUUCCCGGACGACGACUUCCGCUGGACCAUCGUCGGCCUCGUGCUCGCGUCGCUCGCGGGCACCUUCGUCUGGGACCGCCUCUGCACGGCGCUCUUCGCGCCCCACAUCUUCCGGGCCCAGCUCGCCGAGGGGAAGAAGACGACCUUCGCGGACGUCCAGCCCAUCCUCGCGACGGCGCUCAAGGUCGCCGCGGGCACGUUCCUCCUCGUCAACGGCAACCUCGUCCUCAUCUGCGCCUGCGCCUACUUCUACAACCAGUACUCCAAGGCCAACGCCAAGGCCGAGAAGGACCGCAAGGCCGCCAUCCUCAAGGCCGCCGACGACGGCGCCGGCGCGGGCAAGUAAGGCGCGGCGUUCAGGGAUGGAAAGAGGCCACAGGUUGUUUUACAAGUAGACGCCGCCGUCCGGCGGCGCGCGCGCCUCCGUCGAUGCCGCGGCGGGCGGCGGCGGCGGCCGCGCCUCGCUCCGCGCGAUGGGCGCCGACGCCUCGAGCUUCGCGCGGAGGUCGUACUUGAGCUGGAGCGCCGCGCGCUUCCGCGCGAUGACGACGAUGUUCUCGCCGACGGCCGCGCGGAGCUCGCGGUCCGGCGCGUCCUUGAGGUGCGCCUCGAGCUCCGCGUUGGAACGCACGAGGUGCUCGAUGGCCUUCUCCUCCUCGGCGAUCUCCGCCUCGAGCUCCGGCGAGACCUUGUCGCCGAGCAGCGCCGCCAUGACGAGUCGGCGCGCCGCGCGACGAGGGCCGGAGGAAGAGCGGAGCAGCGCGCGCAGCACGACGGCGCCUUCAGAGAGCGCUCUCUCUGCCCGCACAGCUCAGCCGCUUCCUGAAUUCAGCGAGCAGCAAGAAGAAGUAAAGUAACUUAGUUGAAG